CGGUGACGCACGGCACGCAGCCACGCACCACUUUCCUGGAAAUCUCCGUGAUGCCACCCGACAGCAGAGAGGAAAAAGCAACAGGGAGGCCGGAAUCUUUCGAUCGAGGGCACCACCGGCGGCGGGGGUAGUAGCACAGGAGGGGAGCCGUGGAGCGAUCCGGCGGGCAUCUGCGCCCGAUGUGGGCGUGGGGCUGCGUCGAGCGCGUGGCCGCGGGCCUCCUCGGCGGCCCCCUCGCCGGCGGCGGCCGCUGGAACACCGCCGUCGCCGUCGGGGUCACGGCCGCCGCGGGCCUCGCGCUCGUCGCCAUCGUCGUCUCUUCCCGCAGAGGCGGGCUCAAGUCUCCGUGGUGGCGGCGGCGGAGGAAGGCGCCGCUUACGGCCCAGGAGUGGCGCUACCUGUUCACGCCGGAGGGGAAGCUUCAGGACGGCGGAGUGAAGCUUCUAAAGAAAGUUCGGAGCGGAGGGAUUGAACCGAGUAUCAGAGCUCAAGUCUGGCCCUUCCUUCUAGGAGUUUAUAGCCUUGACAGUUCUGAAGCACAAAGAGAUGUGGUUAAGGCCCAGAACAGGAAGGGAUAUCUGUUAUUGAGGAAGCAUUGCCUGCGUAAAUCAGCAUACAGCAUGGAAGAGAGCAAGCAGUCAACUAAAAUAGCUGAAGUCAACCAUGAAGGGAGCAGUAGUUCUGAAAAAGGUGAUGAAUCUGGUUGUGUUAGUCCUGUUAAAUCUGAAAAAGUUCCUGAAAGUCCUAGCAUGGAAGAGGCUAUAACUGAGGAAGGAAAUCCAUGUCUCAGUGCAGAACAAGAAGUGCAGGAUGACACUUCUGAAACAAAGCCAGAGCAGGUGAAAGAAAAUCAGUCUUCAUCUAGUUCCUCCGACGAAGAAGGGAGUGAAAAAAGUGCUGUGACUCAUGUAGAAGUAUCUCAUAAGAACUUGGCAUCAGUUUGUGAGUCCUCAUUUGAGGAUGAACAAGAAAGUAUCCCGAGAUAUUCGAACACAGGAGGAAAUAUGGAUGAUGUUGUGUUAUCUAAGGCUGCCCGCCCUGUGAAGUCUGCACGGGCAAUCGAGGAUUUUGAGACAUGGCAACGGAUUAUUCGUUUGGAUGCAGUCCGUGCUAACGAUGAAUGGGUUUCCUACUCUCCAUCCCAAGCUUCAGUUUCCAAGGAGAGAGCAAUUGAAUCUGCUAAAGCUGUUUUUCUCAAAGACUAUGACCACUUAGAACCAUAUCGGAUCCAUCAUGCGUCACGCCUUGUUGCUAUUCUUGAGGCCUAUGCAAUCUAUGACCAAGAGAUUGGAUAUUGCCAGGGAAUGAGUGACCUGCUUGCACCUCUCCUUGCUGUUCUAGAGGAAGAUGACGAAGCCUUCUGGUGCUUUGCUGGUUUUAUGAGGAAAGCCCGCCACAAUUUUAGGCUUGAUGAAGUGGGUAUACGCCGGCAACUCAAUAUGGUAGCUAGGAUAAUCAAAUACAAGGACUUCCAUCUCUACAGACAUUUGGAGAUGCUCCAAGCCGAAGACUGCUUUUUUGUUUACAGAAUGGUAGUUGUGAUGUUCCGGAGGGAGCUCACCUUCGAGCAGACCCUAUGUCUCUGGGAGGUGAUGUGGGCUGAUCAGGCAGCAAACCGUGCUGAGAUUGCAAAAUCUUCCUGGCGGAAAUUGCAGUUGGGAGCACCUCCAACAGAUGACCUGUUACUGUAUGCAAUUGCUGCUAGUGUGUUGCAGAAGCGGAAACUGAUAAUAGAAAGCUACAGCAGCAUGGAUGAGAUCAUAAGGGAGUGUAACAGCAUGGCUGGACAGCUGGACAUUUGGAAGCUCCUGGACGACGCGCACGAUCUAGUGGUGACCCUUCACGAUAGGAUUGAGUAGCUGUGGUCUUUGUUGCUUGUGCUAUCUGUCAAGUUACCAUACUAUCAUUAUACCCAAUCUCUUUGUAUGUUAAGUAUGUACCGACAGUGAAUAGAAGCACGUUGAUGGAGUUAGCUAGGUAGCAAUGCCGGCAAUUUUUUUGAACUGAGCAUGCAUACUGGACGUGGGCGAAGAGCCCCUUGAAUCAUAUCAUUGUCUACCAUUCUGAUGUAUUGCAACCUGUUUUGUUUCUGUCGUACCCUCGUUACAUACUGAACUUUUAUGUGGAUGUUAUGUGAUGGUGGAUUUAUGUGA